GGAUCAGUGUGAGGACUUGGAAAUUGCGUCACUGUAGAGGCGGAGUUAUGCCUCAUAGUGUCUCGUCCGUCUCCAAGUAUACACUGUUGGCCUGAACUGGAACAGAAAGCACGUGACGAUGUUCUUCUUCUGUCUGCCCCUGAUUAAGCAGCAGAGCGCCGCCCCCUCCCUGCUUGUCUGAAUGUCACCAGACAUGGUCGCUGUGGUCUUGCUGACUCUGUGAGCUCACCUCUCAUUUGCAGCAGAUACAUUGUGACACUGGCUCACAUUUUUAUUUCCAUUGUAAAAAACUUGUCGGAAACUGAUUGAGUUGAUGGACAUAUAUUAUAUUUCUAUAUCAGCUACGAAUAUUCUUCUACAUGGAUAUAUUCAGGAAAUUGCUCCAUGGUAAGACCAGGCUGAAGCAGUCCGUCUUUCUCCUCUCCCUCUUGUCCAUUCUGCUGAUCCUGAACUGCUUACCCUACCCAGCUCUGCACAGGUCCUUCCUGCAGCACCAGCACCAGCGCCACUACCCGGUCCUGAAGAGACCCCUCAGCUGCUCUGGUGGCAAGCCACUCUUCCUCCUGAUCGCCAUUAAAUCCCUGGCCGAGAACGCGGACCGACGGGCAGCUAUCCGCAGCACCUGGGGGCGCGAGGGCACAGUGGGGGGCAUGCAGGUGAAGAGGGUGUUCCUCCUCGCCGAGUCCGAGAGGCAGAUCCGAAACCAGGCGGCAGGUGGCAUCUUGGAAGAGGAGAGCUUGGAGCACAGAGACAUCCUGCAGUGGGGCUUCAGGGAGUCUUUCUUCAAUGUCACGCUCAAGGAGUACCUGUUCUGGCGCUGGUUUGGAGAGGACUGUGCUUCCGUGGUGCAGUACAUCUGGAAGGGUGAUGAUGAUGUCUUUGUCAACAUUGACAAUGUCAUCAGAUACCUCAAGGGCAACUCCAACCCGAAGCUCUACAUGGGGAAGGCCUUUGUAAACUGGUACCCGGUGAGGAUCUGGUGGAACAAGUAUUACAUCCCCAUGUCUAUGUACUCUGGCAAGUCCUACCCGCCCUACAUCGGGGGCGGAGGGUACCUUCUCUCCAGGGAGUCUAUCCUGCUCCUGAGCAAAGCCUCUGCCUGGGUUCACCUGUUCCCCAUUGAUGAUGUAUAUGUGGGGAUGUGUGCCCAAGCAGUCAAUAUCUCAGCCCAGGAUCACCCUGGCUUCAUUACAUAUGAGGACCUACCCUUCGAGCCCUGUGAGUACAGGAAGCUCAUGGUGGUCCACAAGGUGCAGCCCAAUGAGCUCUACCUCAUGUGGAGCCUUGUGAAGCACCAGGGGCAAAGCUGCCCUGGUUAGGAGAAUUUACAAGGACUGUUUCUCCUCAGCGUGCUACAGCAGAUCUGAAGGGCUGGCCUUUGUCCUAAAGGGACUGUUAGAUUGCUCCUGAGUGGAAAAAGCCAAAGUGGUUUUCUUUUUUUUUUUUCCCUGUGGAGUUUUAAUGUAAUGGGUUUUAUUACCGGUUUUUUUUUUUUUUUGAUUACUUUUAAAUGCUUAUUGAAGAGCCAUUGAUCAGGAUUGUCCUUUUUUUAUUUAAUGUUUUUCUUGCAUUUGCAUGAAUAUUCACUGAAUAACAUUACUGUUUGAAAAUGUUUUAGAAACCUGAAAGCACUGUGAAGAUCUUAUAGUUGAAACAUUAAUCAUUUAAUUUUCCAGAUUAUUUUAUAGCACUGUGUAGAUGAACUGUAGAAUUAUACAGAAGGUAUGUGUAAUUUCUCACCCCAAAAGCCAGCCUGGCAUUGCUGGAGCUGGUCUGUUUCUGUCCAGUUUAUUGGGGGACUGAAGGCAGCAAUUCUGUAUGUGAGAGGAGUCAAUGUGUGUGUGUGUGUAUAUAUGAAGUAUUUUUUUUAUUUAUUUAAUUUUUUUUUUGCAUAGGUCAGACACUACAAUAAUUAAUUGUACAGAACACAGAAUAUUAAACAGGAAAGAAAUGAAAAUUA